UCUCGCCGCGAUUCCGCGGCCCUGCCGCCGCCAGCGGAGCGCACCGGGCGGGCCGGGUGAGUGGCCAUGGCGGGCGCCGAGGAUGGGCCGGGUCAGCAGCCGGAACUCGACGAGGAUGAGGCGGCGUAUUGCCGGCGCUGGGGCGCGCAGCACGCCGGGGCCCGCGAACUGGCCUCGCUCUACUCUCCAGGCAAGCGCUUCCAGGAGUGGUGCUGCGUGGUCCUGUGCCUCAGCCUCAUCGCCCACAACUUGGUCCACCUCCUGCUGCUGGCCCACUGGGAGCACACUCCCCUCGUCAUGCUGGGUGUCG